UACAUUUCCCAGGAGCCCUCGCGGACGAGUCCCCACACUGGGCUGGUUCCCUUGCCUACGAGGUGAAGUGGAAAAUGUAGUGCGGCGCGCGACUCUGCACCAGCCCCAACGCCGGCGGGCGGGGAUGCCUAACUUCAGUUUGCAGGGGUCCGGAGCCUAACGGGUUAAAAUUAACGCCUCCUCCACUUCCCGCCUCCCCGAAAGGUCCACCCCGCCAGCCAUGGGCAGCCGCGAUCACCUGUUCAAAGUGCUGGUGGUGGGGGACGCCGCGGUGGGCAAGACGUCCCUGGUGCAGCGUUAUUCCCAGGACAGCUUCAGCAAACACUACAAGUCCACGGUGGGAGUGGAUUUCGCUCUGAAAGUUCUCCAGUGGUCUGACUCAGAGAUGGUGCGGCUCCAGCUGUGGGAUAUUGCAGGGCAGGAGCGUUUCACUUCUAUGACACGCCUGUACUAUCGGGAUGCCUCUGCCUGUGUUAUUAUGUUUGAUGUUACCAAUGCCACUACCUUUAGCAACAGCCAGAGAUGGAAACAGGACCUGGACAGCAAGCUCACGCUGCCUAAUGGAGAGCCCGUGCCCUGCCUGCUCUUGGCGAACAAGUGUGAUCUGUCCCCUUGGGCAGUGAGCCGAGACCAGGUUGACCGAUUCAGUAAAGAGAACGGUUUCACAGGUUGGACAGAAACAUCAGUCAAGGAGAACAAAAAUAUUAAUGAGGCCAUGAGAGUCCUCAUUGAAAAGAUGAUGAGCAAUUCCAGAGAAGAUGUGUCUUCGUCCACCCAAGGGGACUACAUCAACCUGAAAACCAAGCCGUCCUCCCCCUGGGCCUGCUGCUAAUAGUGUUUGGCUUGUUUUCCCUCCCAGUUCUAGGAGGUCUUUCAUCUCUUCCCUUUGGCCGCCCACCCAGCAAUUUUAUUCAGUACAUUUGAACUGUCUCUUGCUCACUCUUCAGUGAGGAGGGCCAUCAUCACUGAGAGAAGACACCUGGGAGCCAGGUGCAUUUCUGCAUCUCCUGCAAGUUGGUUCUCACUUGCUGCUGGCUCAUGUGGCCCAGUUAGUGCCUUCUGGAUAAGAAAGAUCGUUGUCUCAUCUCUCAAUUUGUGAUGUGGGAUUUGUGGGAAGGAUUAGAAAUCAGCAUCUUUGUUUUAAGGAUCAUAACGCUGACCUGCUUUUGAGCUUAUUUUUCCUUUUGAUGUAUGUUGAUUUCUCAGUCUGAUGUGACUUCAGAUCGCAAGGAAAAUGAGAUCAAAAGCCAUUUGCCAAA